AUGUCGAUGAAAGCUGUUUUUAAUAAGACUUUUGCACGGUCUGCUACUGCUGUGGCAUGCUUCUCACGACAGAUGCAGCCGGUGUUCAGGCCGAAACUCAUCGUGACGCCUUUAUAUUUCGAAAGUUCGAGGAACUUCAGGGUGUGUAAUCCGUGUCUUUCGACGGGCACUGUGCAGGAGAUCGGUCCUUUUACUCCACCAAAACAGCUGACUUUCGAAGAAGUUGAGCAGCGUGUUAUGAAAGCGAUCAGAGCAUGGGACCGGUUUCCGGAGGAUAAAAAAGAGGCGCUCACCCUCGACAGCCAUUUUGUGAACGAUAUGGGUUUCGAUUCGCUGGAUCACGUUGAGAUUGUCAUGUCGCUUGAGGAUGAAUUCGGUUUCGAAAUUCCGGAUACUGAUGCCGAGAAGCUGGAAACACCACGUGAUAUCUUCCAGUAUGUAUGUGAGCAUGAAGAUGUUUUCGAGUGA